ACACCGAUAAUGAUGCCCUAAGAACCUCCGUGAUAACCUAUCUCGCUUGCGUAAUGUACAAAGGUUUAAAAGGAAUAAUAACUGGUGCCAUAUCUAGUCAUUUAUAGACUCCAAAGACAUCAUGUAGUUGUAACCAUGAUUUGGGACGAGAUUUAUUAUAUUUAUCAUCAUAAUUAUUUAAUAUUUAAAAUUCAUUCUCUCUCCGCCAAGGAAUGCACCACGCUAUUCCAAGUCAACACUGAAAAAAAAAUCGAAAAACAAAAUCAAAAUGUAUAAAAGUCAAAAACUUGCCAGUUUUUAUAUUUAUUUAUAUGCAUCUAAUCUGGUAUAAAAUCACCAAUCAUCUUCUUUUCUAUUGUCUUCAUCUUUACAAUCUUAAUUCUUCUACAUAUCUUAGACAAGAGUUUCCGGAGGUGGAAAAUAUCAUCGUAUGUAAAACAAAAUGAUGGGGAAAAGAAUAGCUUCAUUCAAGAACUUAGCCAAGAAAGCGAAGAGCUUCAAAAUGAGAGAAGGCAGCUCCGAGUAUGUUCUGAUCGGUGAGGGGGGCGACACUUCUCCGACGAAGAAGUCUACGGGGACGUUUGCUGUCUACGUUGGAGAAGAGCGCGUGAAGCAGCUGGUGCCUACGAGCUAUUUGAAGCAUCCUCUGUUCAGGAUGCUCCUUGACAAGUCACGUGACGAGCUUCACUGUUCCGACCAGAAGGUUAUGUUGGUCGUCCCAUGUAGCCUCUCAGCGUUUCAAGAUGUCGUCAACGCCAUCGAGUCUUGUAAUGGAAACUUCGAUUUCGGCGAUUUUGUUGAGGAGUUUCUUUGAUAUUUUAACGAUUUUCUACCUUAUUCUUGAUUAUUUCUUUCUGUUUUGAUUGUAAAUUUUUUUGUAUUGUUUAAAUCUUUCUAGGAAAAGAUACAAUCCUUUUUUUGUCAA